AUGAGCCUCGGAUAUGGUGUCGGGGACUUCAUCGCUGUAGUGAAUCUCGCCAAGGCCAUCAGGGUGCGCUUUGUUAGUGCACCAGACCAAUUCAGACAUAUAUCAGAAGCUUCAAAGACCUUGUGCAAUGUCCUCCGCGAUAUCAAAGACAUGUACGAGCAAGCGGAGCUUGAUACCCAGCAGGAGAAACGCCUAGACGAAAUCUCUCGCUCUUGCAGUAGUGGACUGAAUGAAUUACUCAGCAAAUUAGACAAAUUCCAGGAGUUGGACCCUCGCACUAACAGCCUAGGGGGCACCUGUCGUCGCGUCUGGAAAAGACUCAUAUGGGACCAAGCUGAGAUGGCUGAGAUUUGUCAGAGGAUACAGUCCAAUGAACAAAUCUUUAGUCUCUUCAGUACUAGUCUGACUAGGCGAGUGCUCACAAAUGCCGAAAAUGGUCAAGUAGCCUUUACUACAAAAGAGCUCGUUCACCGAGUUAACAACACCAUGGAAGACAAAGCUCAGCAUGAAAUCCUUGAAUGGCUUACGACCGUCAACUAUGCAACUCAGCAAGAGGAAUAUCUCGAACGUCGGCAAGAGGGUACCGAAUGUCAUCCCUUCCCGAGGAUAAAGACGCUAUAUGCGCAACACAAGAAACGUCAGACAUGGCCAAAACUCGACGAACUUUUCGAGAUCCUAUUCGUUCUGCUUGGUCACUUCUCGAGGAUCCUCAUAGUGGUGGACGCCCAUGAUGAAUAUUCAUCAAGAGAUGAAGCGCUACGCAGGCUGUUAUCGGAGUUAUUUCGUCUGCAGAGCAACAGCACAGUUAGCAUAUUCGCUACGUCACGGUAUAGCCCGUUCAUCCGAUCGGCAUUCGAGGGUUGUUUACAGCAAGAAGUCUCUGCUACCGCUGAAGAUGUAGAGGCGUAUCUGCGAGGUCACAUGUCCGAUCUGUCAAAGGUCGUGCUACGCAACAAUAAGCUACAGAAGGAAAUAGUCAAAGCAAUUACGAAAACAGGAAUGUUUCUUCUUGCUCAACUCCACCUUGACUCGUUGAGAGGAAAAUUCUCGGUAACGGCGGUUAGGAAAACACUAGAGAAACUUCCAACUGGAGCUGACGCGUACGAUGUUGCAUAUGAAGAAGCCAUGGAGCGGAUAAAUGCGAAGGCGGCGGGAGAAAGGGAGUUGGCAUUUCAGAUUCUUGCAUGGAUCACCUGCGCUCAGGUGCCGCUGCUGAUAGAACAGCUCCAAUUUGGCCUUGCAGUCGAGCCUGACGAGGCAGAAUUUGAUCCAGAUUUUUGAUCGAACAAGGACUCGUUCCAGAUAAACAAGACCAGUGGGGACUUACUCCCCUUGCGCUAGCAGCAAAAAAAGGCCAUU